UCACUGCAGUAGUCUGGCAUUAAAUGGACCGUGGCUCCAGGCAAUGCCCCCGUCAUAGGAGACACGGGCAGUGCGGCGCAAAGUAUCCGAAACAAACACUCGGCUCAUUGUGUGCGUGUGUGUGUGUGUGUGCGAGUCUGCAGGUCAGACUCCGCUCAGUAAAUCAUGUGAAUCGGCUGUUUUUCCUUCAGCUCGACCUUCGCGCUGAGGCUUCACCCACCGCGCGCAAUUGGCUGCGGUUCCCCGCAAAUGACCGCGCUUCCCUCGGUGCUGGUUUGCGGAGAGACGUCAGCGCUGGGUUCGCGGAGUGAAUGGCGGGUUUGGCUUUCACAGGAAAAGUUUGACAGAAACUCGGUUCUUCGGUUCUUGCUGUGAGCAAGCGGGACUCGGCGGACCGGACGGGGCUUUUCGCUGCUCCGCAACAAUGAAGAGCCUGAAACAGCGUCUGAAGAAACACGAAAUAUCGACCAGUGGCACAGAGUGGAGCAAGUAUGAUGAGCGCCUACUGAGAGCGGUGGAGAUUGGCGACACGGACAGAGUUACAGCCUCGCUCAAGAAGGGAGCCGUCCCCACUAGGCUAGAUGCUGAAGGCUGCUCUGCGUUUCAUCUAGCAGCCAGCAAGGGAUUAAUAAAUAGUCUCAAUAUUUUUCUUGGCCAUGGUGUCAACCUGCAUGCAACAAAUGCUUCCGGUAAAACAGCGCUGCAUCUUUCUGCAGGAGGUGGUCAUUCUGCUUGUGUUCAGAGACUACUACAGUGUAAAAGUCCUGUUGACAGCACAGAUCUACAGGGGAGAACAGCUCUGCAUGAUGCAGCAUAUACAGGUCACAGUACCAUAAUCAAAAUGCUGUGUGACAGUGGCGCAUCUGUCAGUGCUCUUGACACGGAUGGCAAGUCUCCACUGUUACUAGCAGCACAGACGUCUCAUUCUCGAGCAUGUCAGCAAUUGUUGCUAUAUGGGGCGUCCACCACCCUCAGAGACAAACAAAAUAAGACUGCGCUGAUCUUGGCUUGUGAGCAUCCUUGUCAUGAAGUGGUGGAGGUCUUGCUGAAGAAUAAGGCAGACGUUACUGCUGUGGACCUCUACGGCUAUGAUCCUUACCACUAUGCCCAGCUCAGUAAUGACCAAGCCCUGAUCACAAUGAUAAAACAAGCCUUGGAGGCGGCCAGCAAAGCUCAAGAUGCUGCUAAGGCAGCGCAGAGAAUGCAGCAGCAGAGGUCAAUGAAUGCUGAAGCUCAAGCUCAUAUGAGGAAGAUGACAGCACAUGCUCCAGUUAAAGCGCCACCCUCUGUCAUCAGCUGGUCCAGUACCGGAGUUGUGAAGCUGGAGAAAGUUCCGUCACAGCAGCCCUCUAGGGAGCAUGGCAGCCGCUCUGCAGAUGGAAAAGAUGACCCACAGAGUCAUCUGGAAUCUGCACAGGUUAGACACCUCGGCCCUCACUCAGCAGCUCCUGCCUCAGUCGGUUUACCACCCAGGCCAGUGGAGUUGAUGGCUGGUGAGGUGGAGGUUCUGAGGAGGGAACUGUGGGAGGCAAGGCGGAGGCAGGAGGCAGCUGAAGGGGAGGUGCUGAGGCUAGACGCAGCACUGGGUCUGCGGGCACGAGAGUAUGAGGAGCUGAGGAGGAGCAGCGAGCACGCCCUACAGAAGGCCCACGGCCGGGCCUGGGAGCUUGAAGAGGCGCUUGGAGAGGUGCAGCGCAGGAUGGCUGGCUCAGAAGCCAGAGUCCGGCAGAUGCAGGCCCAUCUGGUCGCUGUUCGUGAGAACCUGGUCGAGGAGCUGAGGGUGCAGCUGCAUGAGGCCCGAGCACACAGGGAAGUGGCGGUAGCAGAGAUGGAGCGAGCGCAGGAGGACCUUGGACGGACCCGGAGGGAGGUGGAGGAGCAGAGGGAGCGGCAUGGGAUACUUCAUCAGGAGGUCCGUAGACUCACUGAGGAGCUGCUGAGCAAGGAUGAGCACACAAAAGCGCUCAAGGUUAGCUUGGCAGCUUUGGAGGCUAGAAGAGCUCAGAUGGCUUGCAAGGACAUACAGACCCCCUUAGAAUGGCAGCCCAUAUUUCCAAAGACCACCAUGACAGACCUCACUAGUGAGAUUUUUCAAAAAGCGAUGGAUAAGAGGAACUAUAUCAGUAGAGAUGAGCACACAAAGGCACUGAAGGCUAGUUUGGCUGCUGCAGACGACAGGAGAACCGAAAUGCACGACAGGGUGACCCAAACCCCUUCAGAAUGGCAGCCUAAAUAUCCAAAGUCCACCAUGACAGACCUUACUAGUGAAACUCUUCAGCAGGAGAUGGACAAGAAGGACUACAUCAAUAUGGAAGAGCACAAUUCCAUGAGGAGCUCCCUCAGUGCUGCACUCCAGGGAGCAGAGAGUCGUGCUCAGGAGGCUCUGCUGAGACAGCAACAGGCCGAAGUGGAGAACCAGAGCCUCCUUGCGGAGCUUCAGGAGCAGAAGAUGGAGCUGGACACACUACAUCAAGCCCUGAAUGCCAGGUUCGUGCCUGUUGCUCUGCUGGAGGAGAAGGAGAGAGAAGUGGCUCAGCUCAGGCUGACCCUGAAAGAGAUGGAGGAAAGCCGGGAUAGGUACCAGAACCUUGGGAAAGCUCAGAGACAGCAAGAGGAAGCCCAGAGUCCAGGCAAAGCUCCAUCUCAGAGUGAGACUCCAGUUUGUGGAACUUCAGAAGAGAAGGGGAAAACAGCUGGAGUAACCACAGAGUCCUCCAUUAAUGUGGGGAGCACACCGACACACCCUUUAGAGCGUCAAGACAAGGAUGCAGAGUCUGUGGUAGAGGCAGAGGACCGGAGGGAAGCUAAGGGGGUCUCAUCAGCACCAAGUAGCCCCAGUGGACACGCGCAAUCAGACAGCACCACCCUGCAAGCACACAUUAACAGCUUGGAGCGGCAGCUAGAGGACUCUGAAAGGCGAUACAGACAAAUUCUGGCUAUAUAUCGCACACGUCUCCUCAACGCAGCACAGGGCUACAUGGAUGAGGAGGCCCGUGUGGCACUGCUUCAGAUUGCCCAGAUGAGACAGGAGUGUGUGUAUUGAUCAUCGCCCGUGCAUGCGUGCAUAUGCAUGUGUGUAUAUGAUGCACGUGAGUGCUGAUUAUGUGUCUUGUCACGUGUAUUGAACACACAGCACGCCUCACAGGUCAAGGCCACGGUUGAAUUUGGCCACUAGUUUUUAAUUAAGAAACAUUUGUGUGCUUUAUCCUUUUUUUAUGUGCCUUGUGUCAAAUUACAUGAAUGUGUAAACUAAUCAUAAAUUUGUAAUAUGUGUGAUGAUGUGAUGAAUGAGUGAUCACUCUAUACCUUUAUAAUAUAACAAACAAUAAAAAAACAGUAUGGUUGGCUCUGAUGACCUACUGUAAACCUAA